AUGUCAGAAGUGUAUAGCAUUGAACCCAAAACAUAUGGUAAGGUAAUAAUUUAUACAAGUUUAGGGGAACUAGAGAUUCUUUUAUUUAGUAAUGAAUGUCCACUAGCUUGUAAAAAUUUUAUUCAACAUUGUUUAAAUAAUUACUACAACAAGAAUGAAUUUUUUAGAGUAAUUCCAAAAUUUUUAAUACAAACGGGGGACCACACAAAUACAGGAUUGCAUAAUGAGUAUGCAUUCAGUAAACCCUUCGAGAAUGAAUAUAACAGUAGAUUAAAAUUUUUAUACUGCGGAUGUUUAUCAUUUGCUAAUUUAAAUAUCGACAAACCUUCGAAUGGAAGUCAAUUUUUUAUUACAUUAGAUAAAGUUGAAUAUUUAAAUAAUAAGAGUACCUUAUUUGGUAAAGUAGCUAAACAUAGUAUUUAUAAUUUAUUAAAAUUUAAUAAUAUAAAAACGAAUAAACAAGAUAAGCCAAUUGAAGAUAUUCCAUAUAUUGAAUAUGUUAAAAUUAUUGAAAAUCCAUUUCAUCAUUUAGUUCCAAUUACUAAUUAUGAAUAUAAUACCAAAAAUGAUAAUAUAAAAAAUAAAAAUGAAUAUUUAAAUAAAACAAAAAAACAAAAAAAAGAAGGAAACCUUUUAUCCUUUCAUUGUGAUGGGGACUUAAGUGAUGACUCGGAAAUGUUUUUCAGAGGAGAUAAGGAUCAAAAGGCUAAACAUAAAAAUAUGUCAUCAUAUGAUAAAUCUGGAAAUGUGGAAGAUAUUAAAGAGGAUGACCAUAAAGAGGAAGAUAUUAAAGAGGAUGACCAUAAAGAGGAAGAUAUUAAAGAGGAUGACAAUAAAGAGGAAGAUAUCAAAGUAGAUGAAAAAAAUAAUACAACAACUGAAGACAAAAUAAACAUACUAAAAAAAAGAACGAGUGAUAUAGAAAAGUCAAGUAGGAAAAAAAAUAAAACAACAUCAUCCAUAAAGGAUAUAAUUAAUAUGGAUGAAGAGUAUUUAAAGAAUAUGAAAAAGUAUAACAAGAUGUCUAAAAAGGAGAGAGAACAAUUGUCUUUGAAAAAACUGCAGGACUUUGACAAUCGCUUGAAGGACCUGUUUUCUAAAGAAAACAAUGACGAAUCUACAAAACAUAAUUGGUUGAAUAAGAGUGGAUUAAAAUUUCAUAUUGACUCAUCUAAUGCUUAUGAAUUUGAGGAUGUUAAGAAAAACAUGGUAGAUACUAUGGAGCGCGAAAAAAAAAAUAGUUAUCAUUCCAAAUAUAACUCAGAGAAAUAUUUAAAACAAAAGAAUGAAUUUAAAUAA